UGCAAGUCAUUACAUAAAGUGUUACCAUGGCAGUCUCGAGCUUGAAGUAUAAGUCGCUCAUUGUACACCGCCCCAUUUUGGAGUACAUCUUAGAAAAAAAUGCCUAUCCCAAAGAGCACGAGCAACUGAAGGAAUUAAGAGAAGCCACUGCCGAGAAGUAUGGAAAAAAAAGCAUCAUGAAUGUGCCUGCUGAUGAAGCACAGUUCCUAUCUAUGCUUCUAAAGGUCAUGAAUGCCAAGAAGACACUGGAAAUCGGGGUUUUUACAGGUUAUUCCCUGCUUGCUACUGCCCUUGCAUUGCCUGACGAUGGCCAGAUAACAGCAAUUGAUCUGGACAAAGAAGCUUACGAGACUGGAUUGCCAUUCAUAAAAAAAGCUGGAGUAGAGCAUAAGAUUAACUUCGUCCACUCAGAUGCCUUUUUAGUUCUAAAUGACCUUAUUAAUGGUGAGAAUGAAGAGACCCAGGAUUUUAUAUUUGUGGAUGCCGAGAAGAAGGAUUAUAUGAAACUUCAUGAGCAAGUGCUGAAAUUGGUCAAGGUUGGAGGAAUUAUUGCUUACGAUAACACCUUAUGGUUUGGCUCGGUAGCAUACGAGGAGGAGAAGGAUGAGAUGCCCGAAUUUGUUUGGGGAACCAGGGAGUACGUAGUUCAAUUUAAUAGCUUCUUGGCAGCUGAUCCUCGAAUUGAAUUGUCUCUUCUUUCCAUUGGUGACGGUGUCACUCUCUGUAGGCGCCUCCACUAGUGAAACUUUUGCUGAUAUUUGCCUUCUUUAACAGUAUCCAACAAGCCGUGGCCAAAAAAUAAAGAACAAGAAAAACAGUAUGUAACAACUAACAAGCUGAAUAAAAGUACAUUUCUAUUGUCCUA